UGAAACUAAAGAAAUGGGAACAAAUGAUGUUGUGACAGGCUGAUUUUACAGCUUUAUGAGUAAGAAAAGCUUUUAUAUCUACUGUAAAAUAAUCUGAUGGCACACAUAUAAAAACUCAAAGUCUAAAGCAGUCAUGAUGUCUCAGCUGUGAUCACAUGAGUAAAAUGAAACUGACAGUUUUUCCCGAGUUCAGACUUCAUUUUACAGUCAACAGAGAAGCAGGAGGAAGACAAGACUGAAGAUGAGUGGGCUGGAGGAAGAGCAGGACAGAACCGGUCCUCCAGGGUCCAACUGUCCGUCUAUGGAGAGCGACUGGUCCAAAGACGAUCCUUUAGACUUCAGUACUGAACCUCAAGCUUCAUACAGAAAAGUGAAUAAGUGGAGGCAUGUUGGGGAGGAAGAGCAGCUGUCCUGCUGUGGUUUAUGUCAGGAUGUCCUGAAGCAUCCAGUCUCUUCCACCUGUGGACACUGGUUCUGCAGACGGUGCAUCAACUCAUACUGGGACCAGUCUGCUGCAUCAGGAGAUUCCUCUUGUCCCCAGUGUGCAGAAAGAACCAGAACCAAGCUGCAGACAUGCGAUGCUGGGCUGCAGGAGGUCAAAGAUGAACAUAAGAUCAGUCUGAGGAGAAGAUGUGAACGUGUGACUGAAGGAACUGAUGAAACAGGAAGUGGAAUCCUCCUCAACAGGAUCUACACUGAGCUCUUCAUCACAGAGGGACAGAGUGAAGAGGUUAAUGCCCAACAUGAGGUGAGGCAGCUGGAGACCGGUUCCAAGACCAACACCCUCCAUGACGAUCCAAUCAGGUGCCAUGACAUCUUUAAAGCCUUACCUGACCAACAUGGACCAAUCAGAGUGGUUCUGACAAAUGGUGUCGCUGGUGUUGGAAAAACCUUCUCAGUACAGAAGUUCACUCUGGACUGGGCAGCGGGCUUGGAGAACCAAGAUGUGGGUGUGGUGGUUCUGCUUUCAUUCAGGGAGCUGAACUUGAUCAGAGAUGAUCCGCACAGUCUUCUCCAGCUGCUCCAUGUUUUCCAUCCAGCAUUACAGAAGAUCCCAGCAGAGCAGCUGGCUGUCUGGAGACUUCUCUUCAUCUUUGAUGGUCUGGAUGAAAGCAGACUUUCUCUGGACUUCAACAACUCUGAGGUUGUUUCUGAUGUCACACAGAAGUCUUCAGUCAACGUGCUGCUGAUAAACCUCAUCAGGGGGAAUCUGCUGCCCUCGGCUCUCAUCUGGAUCACUUCCAGACCUGCAGCAGCCAAUCAGAUCCCUCCGGCAUGUGUUGACAGGGUAACAGAAGUACGAGGCUUCACUGAUGCUCAGAAGGAAGAAUACUUUAGAAGGAGAUUCAGUGAUGAAGAGAUGUCCAGCAGAAUCAUGUCCCACAUGAAGGCAUCCAGGAGCCUCCACGUCAUGUGUAGAAUCCCAGUCUUCUGCUGGAUCACCGCCACAGUUCUGGAGAACAUAUUGGCCACAGAACAGAGAGGAGAGCUGCCCAAGACCAUGACGGACAUGUACUCACACUUCCUGCUGGUCCAGACAAAGAGGAAGACCAAGUACCGUGAGGGACAUGAGACGAGUGCACAGGAGCUGAUGGAGGCUGACAGGGAAGGUCUUCUGAAGCUGGGGAGGCUGGCGUUGGAACAUCUGGCGAAAGGAAACAUCAUGUUCUACCAAGAAGACCUGGAGCGGUGUGGUCUUGGUGUCUCAGAGGCCUCUGUGUUCUCAGGAGUUUGUACUGAGAUCUUCAGAAGAGAGUGUGUGAUCUUCCAGAAACCAGUUUACUGCUUCGUUCAUCUGAGUGUUCAGGAGUUUCUGGCUGCAGUCUACAUGAUCCACUGUCACACCAGCAAGAAGAUAAAGGUUCUGGAGGACUUCUUACAAAAAUACAGGCAAAUGGAACAAACAAAGUCUUUUCUUGAUAAGAUUUUCAUGUUCUUCAGAAAGGAUGAUCUACAUGCUCUAACUCUGGAGGACUUCUUGCAUAGAGUCAUGAAAAAAUCCCUCAGCAUUAAAACUGGACAUCUGGAUUUGUUUGUCUGCUUCCUUCAUGGCCUUUCUCUGGAGUCAAACCAGAGACUCUUAGGAGACCUGCUGGGUCAGACAGAGACCAGUCCUGAAAUCAUCCAGAAAAUCACAGACAACCUGAAGAAGAUGAACACUGAAUCUAUCUCUCCUGACAGAAGCAUCAACAUAUUCCACGUUCUGAUGGAGAUGAAGGACCUCUCAGUUCAUCAAGAGAUCCAAGAGUUCCUGAAGUCAGAACACAGGUCAGAGAAAGAGCUCUCUGAGAUCCACUGCUCAGCUCUGGCCUACAUGCUGCAGAUGUCCGAGGAGGUUCUGGACGAGUUGAACCUGAAGAAAUACAAGACCUCAGACAUGGGACGACUGAGACUGAUCCCAGCUGUGAGGAACUGCAGGAAGUUUGUACUUUCCCGCUGUGGACUCUCAGACACUCACUGUGAAGUUGUGGCCUCAGCUCUGAAGUCCAGCCCCUCCCAUCUGACAGAUCUGGAUCUAAACCUUUGCAGCUUAACGGAUUCAGGAGUGGAGCAGCUGUCUGUUGGACUGGAGAGUCCAAACUGUAAACUGGAGACUUUAAGAUUGUUGGGCUGCAGUUUGUCGGAGAUCAGCUGUGCUCCUCUGGCCUCGGCUCUGAAGUCCAACCCGUCCAGUCUGAGAAAUCUGGACCUGAGCUGGAACAACCUGCAGGAUUCAGGAGUGAAGCACCUGUGUAGUUUUCUGAGGAGUCCACAGUGUAAACUGAAGACUCUGAGACUGUGGACUUGCAGCUUGUCAGAGGUCAGCUGCCUGUCCAUAGGCUCAGCUCUGAGGUCCAACCCCUCCCAUCUGACGGAGUUGGACCUGAGCUGGAACAUCUUGCUGGAUUCAGGAGUAAAGCAGCUGUGCACAUUUCUGAAGAGUCCACGCUGUCAACUGGAAGCUCUGAGCCUGAGUCGCUGCAGCUUGUCAGAAAUCAGCUGUGAGUCUCUGGUCUCAGCUCUGAGGUCCAACCCCUCCCAUCUGACAAAAAUGGACCUGAGUAACAACAACCUGCAGGAUCCGGACGUGAAGCGGCUGUCUGAGCUCGUGGACAGUCCAGACUUCAGACUGGAGACUCUGAGCUGGAAGGCAUGAUCGUGAUCAGGUGUCUGAGAGACGAGGGUCUGUGAUGAGAAAUGGACACAGUGGCAGAUUGUGUAUGAAGUGCUCGACUGGGCCAUGUUACUGGGAGGUGAAGAAGAGAGAAGAGCUUCACCGAAACUCUUCCUCUCCUGCUCCACACUCAGACACCUCCUCCACCUUCACCUAAGCAGUGGAGACAGUUUAUCUAUUUAUUUUGGACCAAGAAAGAAUUAUUGCUGUGUAAUUUAAACAGCACACAGAGAAGUGGAAGUUCUGUUGUCAUUGUAUGUCAUGUUGCAGCGCCACACUGUGGAAUAAUGAAGAGCUGCAGCACAUGUUAACAUUAAAGGUUUGGAGUAGGAAAAAAAUUACAUUUUAAAAAGUGUUUCUGCUGUUGGUGGGAAUAACUUCCUGUACUGUUCUCAGUUGCACAGUGGACACUGAACACACCGUUUCCUCACCGUGUUUUUGAGGGUGUGAAGAAUUGUUCGUCAUAUUCAGCAGCUUUUGCAGUAUUCCAGUCCAACCGACUUUAU